AUGGACACGCUCGAAGCGGCGCGCACGACAGCGAUCGGGAGCACGAACCCGAGUAGUCUGGAUGGCGCCAAGAGCUCGUGGAAGCUUAGUAAGGGUGAUGCGAUGGACGAUAACGGCGAGUGGUUGAAGCAGCACGAAGGCCGAGCCGGGCGGUCACUUUGGAAUUGGCAACGGCGGUCAUUUUUGGAACUCGCGACGGCGGGCGACGGUGACGAACUGGACGAACUGGACGAACUGGACGAACUGGACGGACGGCACGGACGGCGGCACUGGCAACAGACUGUUCACGGCGGCGUGGUGACUGGUGGCGAGUAG